CGCGAGAUUAGUGAAGGCAGUGAAGGAGAGAGAAGAAACGUCUAAGGAGUUAAUUUUCACUUCUUGUAAAAAUGGCUCCAACUGGCGAAAACAAACCAUUUGAAGGCCUUGGAAAGGAACCAAUAAGUCGCAUUGAUGACUUAGAUUCGGCAGUCACCGUAAGCAGGCCUUUGCAGCGAGUAAAGAGCGUGAAUUUUACUGCUGUUUAUCGCACAGCAAAAUGCCUCGCUAGUGCGACCAAGGAAAAUGACGACGAUAACGGCGAAACAUCGAAAAUGGAGAUGGAUAUUCCUGAGUCGUACUUGGCAGAAGGAGGUGAUUUUCAGUAUGUUUUUCCACAAACCACAAACGAUAGCCUUUGUGGGGUUGAUGAUGAUUCGGUGUUUCCGCUUCAACCGGAUUGUUUAACCCACAUGACAACAACAAAAGGAGUUUCAAAAUCAUGGAAGUCCAGUGGGAAAGGAAAAAAGCGGAAGAAAAAAAAACAUGGCAACAAACGAUCAAGCCAUAAAAAAUAUCGAUCAGACAUUCAUAUGGUUUCCGCUUCAGAAACAUUAACAAACAGUGAUUUAAAAAAUGAAGAUGAAAAACCAUUUGACUUUGCUGGUGCGAGCAUGGUUGUCAAUAGCAACCUUUGUACCCACCAUAAUAAAUAUACUACAGGUCAGGGGAAUCAUAACACAGGUGCAAAAGGUGGUUGCAUCACUAAAAAACCAGCUCCAAGUACAAGAACAAAUGGAAAUGUUUGUUGUACACAUUAUCAAACAUCAAAAGGAGGUGCAGUUGGUGGUGGUAACGGUGCUGGUGAUGAUGGUGAUGAUGGUGAUGAUGAAGGUGGAGGGAGGCAUGCUAGGAAGUUGCAUGAUCAUGAACCUUGCAGCUAUUGUCGGCAGCAACAAACAGCGACUAGUUCUCAGAGGAUAGGUGUGGCCAGCCCUUUGGGUGAAUCAAAAGACCAAGAGAUGGUCUCAGUUGUAAAUGAGCCGCGGCAAAAUGUCGGACAACCUGAACAACAAGCGCAAGGUGUUAACCCCACCAAACAACUUAUAGUGGUAAUGAAUGUCAGUCUGAACCACUACAACUUUUGCAGCAAGAGACCUUGUAUGAAAUGCAGCAGGGUUGAAACGACGCUGAUCCAACACCAUUUCGAAGAACAAAAAGGCAUGUGCAAAUGUCGAAAAUGCCUUUUGUGGUUAAAUGUUCUUCAUUAUCACAAAAAGAUCUGCAAGUUUGCAGAAUGUAAAGUCUGUGAGAGAGUGAAUCUGCAGACUUUACCAAAACAAGCUGCAAUUCCUGUGAAACCAACAACUACAAUAAAUGCUCAGCGGACAGCACAAACAACUGCAGUAAAUGUUCAGCGGACAGCACAAACAACUGCAGUAAAUGUUCAGCGGACAGCAGCAACAAAUGUUCAACAUUCCACUAUAAAUGUUCAACAGAGUUCACCAAGUCUAGAUCAUGAAAGGAUUGUUUGGAAAAGUGAAAGCAUUGAAAAUGUCACUCACUUCAAAGAAGAUGUCCACUAUUUGAUGGCCAAAGAUAGCUUUGAUAAAGGAGGACAUGGCGCUUUGUACAAUGUGGAAAUACUUGAUCAAGUCAAGCAGUCUGUUUUUGGUUCAUCGUGUGGAGAGUUUGUGGUUAAGAAGGCUGAUCAAGUGGGGGAGGAUGAGAAAGCUGCUUUUGAGCAAACUUGGAAACAUCCAAAUUUUGUCAAGACGCACUUUGUUGUGCAAAAGGUUCAUCCAAAGUCAGAAUGUCUCAUCUUCAUGGAGAAGUGUGAACGUUCGCUCAAAGACUACCUGAAGGAGCUGUGUAACAAAGGAAAAACACUGGAAUUAUAUGAGGCUAUGUUCUACUGGUCUCAAACUCUGGAUGCUCUCAAACAUCUCCACCAUUUUACACGUAUCCCUUUGCUGCAUAAAGAUAUCAAGGCUGAGAAUGUGCUGCUCUCCAUCCAUGACAACCUGCUGAGGGUUAAACUUGGUGAUUAUGACACAGUGAAAAGAUUGCACCACAGUUUCACCCCACCUGGUUUGCCCGUCAAGGGUACACAUGGGCUUAUUUCACCAGAGGUCUUGCGGCUGGAGCCACAUGGCCGGCCUUCUGACAUAUGGAAUAUGGCAAUGUUCCUUUUUCAACUGUUAUUCCCUGUUGAAUUCACCAAGAUGCAAAGUGACAUCAAAGACUUGUUGCUUUUGAAGGGCAUUAACAGGUCUCUAUUCAACUACAACGCUGAGCGGUUGGUCAAGAAAUUCUUAGCUGAAAAGCUUCCGUAUUUGAGACAAAUGGAUGGUGGUCUUGCAGAAGUUAUUCAACAGUGUUUGGAGGAGGAUCCAAGCAAUCGCCCUACGGCAGCACAGCUUGUCAAACAUCCUGCAGUCCACAAGUAUUCCAGCAUGAAAAUCGAUAUGAAAGAAUUGAUUGGAAAAAUUUGCCAGAAUUAAAGACCUGAUGACUAGGAAAUGCCUUUCAUUUGGGAUAAAAAAAUUGGGUAGUAAUAAACACUUCAUAAACACAUAAACUUGUACUUUAGUUGUAGAUGUGAUGUAGAGUAUGGGUGAUACAAUUGCACAUAUCCUCAGGUAAGAUUUGAAGAACUUCGACGUUUCGAGAGUAAUAGACCAUUGAGUUUAGGUUACAUGUGUGUGAUUGUAUAACUCACUUUAGAAUUUAAUUUACGAUAUAUAACCUGCUUCGGUCAAUAUAUAAUAACCUAUGUAUUCAAGGUUGUAGCAAGCACAUUAUGCUUGGGAUUGUAGCAAGCACAUUAUAUACUUGGGAUUGUAGCAAGCACGCAAGCACAUUAUACUUGGGAUUAUAGCAAGCACAUUAUACUUGGAAUUGUAGCAAGCAAAUUAUACUUGGGAGUUUAGGGUUUGCUAGCAAUAUGGGCAUGUUUUAUUAUAGUUGGGUGUUGUCAUUAUCAACUUCAGUAGUGUACUCUACCCACAACUUUAAAUAUAACCUAGGAGGGCACCCUUGCACCCUUUCUUAAAUGUAUGCACAACAUGACCUGGUAUAAUAUAUGUAACCAUUGUAACAGGGGAGUAGUGUGACCAUUGCAAUUGGCGAGGUGUAACACCAAAAUUUUAUCAAUGAAAACAUGUGGUACUUGUGCAUCCAGAGAAAGCACAUAACUAUUUGGUCAGAAAAGUUUACCAAUGCUGGUAUGAAAUCAGCAACAAACUUUGCAUGCACCCCCCCCCUGCCCCUUUUCAUGCUACUCCCCUGUUUUUGAGGGUUUUCCUCCGGGGCAUCCCCGGUUUCCCUCAUCAAUAUAAUCAAUAUAACCAAUAAUUUAUGUAACUAGGGUAUCUUUCUUAAGUAUCUUGCAAUAUGUAAUAGUGACUGGUGAUUUAAAUAUAGAUUUAAAAAAAU